AUGAUUGAUCAUCUGUCGUCAUUAUCAGAACCUGAAGUAUCCGUGUCGUACUUUUACUUGAAGUACCUCGACCAAGGGUCUCUGACGCUGUCUACCGUUUUGGCAUCGUUGCUGAGGCAAGCGCUUCACGGAAUGACGGAUAUACCAAAGUCGAUCAUGGAGCUUUUUCUCAGCCACCGCGAGGGUUCCAAAAUCUCAAGUACGGCAGAUCAACUGAGAUUGCUCUUUGAUGUGGCAGCAGGUCCACGAAUUUUAUAUGUUGUACUUGAUGCUCUCGAUGAGUACGACCAUACUCAGCGACGAGGUCUCCUCGAAGCGGUAAAAGAACUGAGACAGUGUCCGUCGAUCAGGUUGUUACUCACGAGUCGGUCUCACAUCCCAGACCUUGAAGCUUCGUUCAGCAAGUGCCCUCAGAUUCUAGUCGAGGCCCAUGACGGGGACUUAAAAGCUUACAUGAAGCAUUCGAUUCUCGUGCAAAACCAAUACGAUAUUAUCGACGACGAGUUUGCAAAUCAAAUAAUGAACCAAUUCAUUGCAAGAGCCAAGGGAACAUUCCUGCCUGUUGUUCUACAAUUAGGCACCGUUCUCAGAAAGAAAACACGAGGUCACAUGGAAGAUGCGAUCGGUUCUAUCUCGGACGACCUCGCAGUCGUGUUUGAAGAGACCAUGGCACGGAUCGACAGACUACACGAAGACUAUCGCAUACUGGCGAAGCGCGUUCUCGCUUGGCUGACGCACGCUAGAUCCACCCUCACAGCAGCGGAACUAGGAGACGCGUUGUCUGUAGCAGAUUCCGUCCAAAGGGGAUGGACGUCGUGGACCACCAGAUACAGACCUCUACCGAGGAUGAUGAUCAACUGCUGUCAGGGCCUGGUCUUGUUGGAGCCAGUGACGAACCGCCUCAGUCUAGCACACUACACCGUCCAGGAGCACUUUGAAAAGCACACUGAUAGGCUGUUCCCGUGGGCAAAAGUCGAUUUCGCACGUACUUGCCUGUCGUACCUUUUGUACGACGACUUUGAUUCUGGGCCGUGCAACGCCGAUGAAGACAUUUACGGCAGAGUCAUCAAAUACCCCUUCCUGGCGUACGCCGCUCAAUACUGGGGAAACCACGUAGCUGACACCGAACAGGAGCCUGGAGUCGCAGAUCUGCUGUCCAAGUUCCUGGGGCAGAGGAUUUCCACCGCCGUCGCCUGGCAAGUUGUGCGAUACGUCCAGGGGUACACAGAGAUAUAUUGGAGGCCCGAGGAGUGUCUUAGUGCAACGCCCAUUCACACUGCCAGUCGAUAUGGGCUCACCCACACGCUUAAAAGGCUCCUGCAGACCGACGACGUGAACAACAUCAAUCUUUGCACCGCUGAAGUAAAAACAACACCAGUGAUUCUAGCUGCUUCUGAGCCCAAUUUGGGAAUCCUCAAUCUCUUACUACGCAGCGGCGCCGAUCCGUACAUCAGCAAUUGGUACGGCAACGCGCUCCAUUGUGCCUGCGAGGCGGGGAUGUCGGAUAAUAUCCGACUGCUGGUCAACUUCGGCAUGAAGACGAACGCCGAGCACGCACAACAGGGCCGUCCACCCAUCUUCCGCACGGUGGACAAUGACAGACUAGGUGCUCUGGAGACUCUGGUGGACCUCGUCGACGACGAAGAAGUCAACGCAGCCCCGGACCCGGACCCUCGGCUGCUGCAGUACUUCCUCCUCUGGGCAGUCGAAUACGGCGCGCAUCAAAUCGUUGGCUGGAUCUUGGGGAACGAACAACACCACCGCCGCGUUGCGUGGCUCCUGCGGUCCCAUUACCUUGACUCCCUCCUGGAGAAGCUUAACCUAGACGCGGACACGCCGCUCCUAGGAGUCCCCGUUCUGCAUCGGGCGAUACUGGCCGGGGAUGUCGAGAUGGUUCGUCUGCUCGUCUCUUUUGGCGCAGAUCCGUAUGCUACGGCCUGGGAAGGCAAGACGGCGGUAGACUACGCGGCUGAGUCGAUGGUCAGCGCUCUCACGGAUGCGUUGGGCCUGGAUUCCAACGAUUUGAGUGUUGCGGUGGAGAGACUGCGAGUGUAG